GUGUGGUCCAGCAGUGGCGGUGAUCGAAUAUUUAGCACCGUAGGCAAAGUUGUAGGGGUGGAGAGACCCAUUGGCGGUUGUAGACACAAAUUUGCACCCGGUUGUUGAUUUCGGUAGUCAAUGAAUUCACGUACUGACAGGCCAAGGGGCCAGGUGUCGGGGGAAAGAGCCUUGUCACGUAGUGAUAAAGGCACUAACACUUUAAAUGACAGGAAUGAGAGUGUCGCUGUAUUUGUACCCUGGCGAAUAAGGCAGUAUGCAGUAGCAUCAUCAAUCGAUAAAGCUUGUUUGACCAUUUGUACAAUUUGGUCACUGGUUGUAUCGGGAGAGAGCCGGGAAAUAUACAGCGCGCAUUUUUGCACCGUUGAAUGAGCGGGAACUAUUUUGAUAGGAAAAGAUGCUAUAUCCUUUUUUGUGCCAGUUAUUACAGGUGGUGCAUGAGUUUUGCGUUGAAUAUCGACAAUUCGCUCCGUAUUGUUGUUUUGGCUAUUUCUUUGAUUGCUCGUAGCACCGAAUGUAAACAAUGCGUGAUUGUCCUUAGUGACAUCAGAAAACAAACGUUUGGAUGGAUUUAUGCGACGAAUUUUUGCGGGAGGGUGACUGCUACGUGGAGUUUUUAGAUCAAGUUGGCUCAACCGUGCAAACCCAGAUUUGAUUUCACUAGUCAAAGGCUCCAUAACGGUCUUGAUGCUUUCGGCUACUGUUGUAAUUGCCGCCUGGAAGCCAGAUUGCAUGGCUGCAUCUUUUACGAACUUGGUGCGCGGAUUCAUAAAAACGUUGUUGCAGCCAACACAGCACCAGUGUAUUUGUUUAUAUUCCGAAAUGCGCUGGAACAGAUCAGCAGGAACCGAAGUGCAGCGCUGAUGAAAUGGAGAGUCGCACAGGCAGCAGCUGAUAGAUGCCUCCGCAAUUUCCAUGGUGCAGGCGUUGCAAAUACGGGCCAUUCUGCGGGAACGAUGCAGGUUGUCGUUGCAGCAACAAGAGCGAUGGCGGUCAGGACGCGCGAACUCAGAUGCGAUCCGAAAAACGAAAUUUACGGGAGUAUUUUGGGUCAGCAGAGACAAACGCACUAUUGAACGAUAAUGGAACCGUGUUCCAAAAUACUGUGAUUAUACAGAAACCGGAAAAUAGUAUGAUAAACAGCGCGAUUUUCAAGAAAAUACACUGAGCUAUAUGCGAAUGCGUCUUUUACGUUGCGAGUUUGACAUUUGACCGUUGGUUGUUUCUAAUUAAAUACGUUGGUACAGGAGUUUCAUUUUACACAUUUAAUAGUAAGAAUUAACUAUAGCCCGGAGAGUUAUUCCUUGGAGACUUGUCGUGUUAUUCCUUGGUAUAGGUCUUACAUACUCAUUUGUCAUAUUAGCCAUUUAACCAUAAAGAUCACUGAAUUUCAUGAACAUGUCAACAGUACGUUGAACAGUAUUGUUCUUGUUUACACAGCAAUUAAAUUGCCAUUACUAUACAAAUUGCAUCUAAAAUAUUGCAAAAAACGUAAUCUUAUCAACUGCAGGUUGUUAAUAUUCGAUCCUUUCUUUUUUGUAUUCUUAGGUCUAAUGUCUUAUAAUUAGAAUAAUAAUUCUAAUUAAUGAUAAUUAGGUCUAAUGUAUGAUAAUGGUCUAAUUAGGGACUACUGACAAAAAGAUCUUCUUUUUACAGUUUUUUGCAAACACGAAUACAAACUGAAACCACGUCCAAACUCUACUCAUCAUCGUUAGUAUAGCUGUAGCUGCUAGCUACACUGGAGCAAUCAGCAGACAUGAAAGCCAUUAUCGUUUUGUUUAUUCUAGCCCUUUAUGCAAGCUGUUUGAGGGCGCUGGACAUGAGGCUCAUUCCCGUUAUCGACCAUAAAGAAUUGCAAUCGGAUGGAAGGUUCCUGAAUGCAACGAUCGUGGAGGUAGGCGAUCGCCAGUGGAACCGAACAUAUUUGCUGCAUUUUGAAGCGCUGCGUGACAUUAAGGAAUUCAAGGCAUUCUUUUCCUACUCGGUACGGGCGUUCGAUGGUGCAGUGCAGAAGGUGCUCCUUUCCCGAUGGGUAGAUGGUUGUGAGGUAUAUAGGAAGCCGCCCACUGAACGAAUAGUGAGAUUGUUUUACGAUCCCGUCAUAAAGUACAGUAAGAUAAGUAGCUGUCCUUACAAGGCGGGCCAAACGAUCAUGCUGAAUGUUACGCCGUCCAUGCUGCCCGUUCCGAGCUUCGUCCCGGAGAGUGGAUUUUUAAUCGAAAAUAAGGGAUACACUAAAGCGGGUGCGGAUAUUAUCUACGAGACGCGCUGGUACGGUAGACUGGUGCGAAUGUUUAAUGUUGAUAAGACUACAUAAAAAUAUUGUAGCUACCAACCAACAGUUACUGUUAAAGGAACAUAACAAGGGCGCAUUAAAUCUGAUUGAAAUACACUUACAAUAUGCUUUUCUAAGGUCAGAAUCAUCAAGAACUUUUAUUUUGUAGUAUUCGCUCUAGUAGCGGCUUAACAGCACAAUUAUUGGCAGAUUAUUUUUCGCGGCCUACAAUUUAAGAGCUAAAUAUUUUUUUUCCAUUUACUAUUGUUUGCCUGAUGUAUGACGUAUAGAUAUCUUAUGGAUCAAACAAUGACUGUAGAAUGUUAACCUAUAUUCUACACACAAGAGUCACAUCCCAUCCCCCAUCUUGUAUGGUACAAGGACUGCUUGCAUC